CUACAUGACCAGAGCAAGCAGGGGUGUUUCCUACUUUCCUUUCUGCCUGGCUGACUCAUAGUUGGGUCCUCUGCAACAGAAGCGCCUCUGCUAUGCCGAGUUUCCUUUGCAGCUGACCAGGACGCUGAGCCUCCCACUAAGACAAUGCAAUGCCUCUUGUUCUUUCUGGUUGUCUUCCUGAGACUUCAUGCCACAGAUCCAUUUCCAAUACGUCUGUCUGGAGGCCCAAGCCUCUGUGCAGGACGGGUUGAACUCUUCCACCAGGGCGAAUGGGGCACGGUGUGUGACGAUGACUGGGACUUGCAGGAUGUGGCUGUGGUAUGCCGUGAGUUAGACUGUGGAGUUGCCCUUUCAGCACCCCAUGGGGCCUGGUUUGGUGAAGGAGCUGGCCCCAUCUGGCUGAACGAGGUGCGUUGCAUGGGUACCGAGAGACACCUGCAUUCCUGCCGCCACCUUGGCUUUCGCAAGCAUGUCUGUACCCAUGAGGAGGAUGCCAGCGCCAUCUGCUCAGCUCAGCGCUUUGCUCCUUUCACUGCCUUCCCCUCUCACACAACUUUCAGGAGGAGCAAAAUGAAAGCAGUAACAACCGCCAGACCACUGAUGUCUUCUACACCUGUUGAGGGGGCCCUACGUCUCAUGGGUGGCAGAACCCGCUGUUCCGGCCGAUUGGAGGUGUUUCAUGAGGGGCAGUGGGGAACUGUGUGUGAUGACAUGUGGGACCUUCUGGAUGUUGCUGUGGUCUGCAGGUGGCUGGACUGUGGGGAGGCCCUGGCAGCACCAGGUGGUGCCUUCUUUGGUGAGGGGAACAGUGCCAUCUGGUUAGAUGAUGUACAGUGCCAAGGAGAAGAGUCAACGUUGGCAGAGUGCCGUACCAGCCCUUGGGGGACAACCAACUGCCGACACAGUGAAGACGCUGGGGCAGUGUGUUCAGGUGAGAUGCCCCUGGCCAUGGUGGAAGAACAUGUGGCCAUGCUCACAAGGACCUUGGUGCCUCAGAUACCCCGGCAUGCAUCUUCUAAGAGAAUUCCACAAUCUACUUGGCCUACAACAAACCGUGACGAACCUGUAGCUAAUGAAGCAUCACACAGAGUGGAGCACCCAAAGGAAGGUCCUACAGAAGGAGUGCUAGGUGGCCAGUGGCAGGUGCGGCUGCAAGGAGGCCCUGGAUCCUGUGCUGGACGGGUGGAGGUUCUGUAUCAAGAUCACUGGGGCACGGUAUGCGAUGAUGGCUGGGAUCUGGUGGAUGCAGCAGUGGUGUGUCGUGAGCUGGGCUGUGGGGCCCCUCUUCUCAGCCCUGGUAAUGCAAGAUAUGGACCAGGAUCUGGACCUAUCUGGUUGGAUGAUGUCAACUGUACCGGAGCAGAGUUCACUCUAUGGCGCUGCCGCUCCCAGCCCUGGGGGAAGCAUAACUGCAAUCAUCAUGAAGAUGCUUCUGUCAUCUGCACAGGCAGGUGGAAGCGUCUGUUAUUGCCAAAGCAAUCCAGUGAUUCAAAGACAGCUGCACCAAUCACUGCUACACAGGAUCCAGGACCUACAGACAAGGCAGGGCUGCAAAGCACCUUGGAUAUGGCUGAGACCACAUCCAAGCUGGGUUUUCCAGCUGAAUGGGAGAUGGAAUACUCUGAAGCACCAUUCCUAGCCACCCAAACUAUGAAGCUUGAACUGGAAAAGGAGACAAAGCCAAUAAUCCCGUUCAAUGUCAUUGAAUCAACCCCUAACCCAGAAAUCCUGCUGCGUGUCCAGGAGAUGGAAUCAACCAACAUUCCAAAAAUACAGUCACCCAUGCAAAAAUGGGGACAAGAGCCCACUUAUCUUUCAGUUGAGUCUCAGCCAUCAUCAACUCAGUGGGAUCUGGCAUCUGAAAGAGAAACGGAGCCAACAAGCCUAUGGGAGAUGAAUGAAACAAUGUCUAAUCUAGAGAUCCUGCAAGAUAUUCAGGGGACAGAGUCAGUCAGCACUCCCAAUACAAGACCACCCACACAGAAAUUGGAACAAAAGCCCACCUCUUCCAUAGCUGAAUUUCAGCCAACUUUACCCAUGCAGGAUCCAGAAUUUGAGAGAGAAACAGAGCCAACAAGUGUGUCAGGAACAGAACUGCCCAUAGUUGCACAAGACCUUAUGCCUGAAACAGAGACAGUGCAUCCUAUUUAUUGGGACAAUAUUUCUGAAAUGCCUCCAGUCAUGCAGAAAGUAGAACCCACCAACCCCUCAGCUCAGCCUACCACUUCCACAUCAAUUCAAGAACCUGAAAGACAGAUGAAGGUAACUGAUCUUGGAGUAAAAGAGCUGUUCCUGCCCUCAGAUAUCUUGAAGGCUACAAGGGAGACGGAAUUGCCAACAGCUACACAGAAUGUACAAUCUAUAAAGCACAUGGAAACAGCCUACUCCAAGUUCUCAGACUCUGAAGAGAACACAGGUCAGAAGCAACAAGAGGGAUCAAAUACAGAUCCCCAUACCACGGGGCCCAUAGAGUUCACAUUUGACCCCAGUGACUUGAGCUCCACGGAUGGAACAGAUGUUAACAAUAUGACUGAUCUGUCCCAAAGUCCAGUGUCACAUACAGUUUCUAUGGAUGGGCCAUUUGAGGAUCGUUUGGUGAGCUCAGGAGACACAGAAAGAAGAGCUGGUACCACCUCUGCAUCAGACCUGACUGAAGCACCAGGACCAAACACUCCCUGGACUGAAUCUGUCACCCACACUGCUAAAGUCAGUGAGCCAUCACCAGACUGCCCUCUUAGGAAGAACCCAAGGAAAGAGGAUCAAGGCUGCAGCUGUUCCUCACCUGCUCUAGGAAACUUGGUCCAUGCAAUGAAAGAUCUCCAUGGGGAACUGGGCUCCCUCUCCACCGCCAUUCAGCAUCAGGGCUCCCAACUGGAGGCAGUUGCCCGCAGUCUGUCUGAGCUGGCUGUUUCUGUACAGCAUCUUGUGGGGGUGUUGCCUGUCCUACUACAACCACCCUCAACCCAGUCCUCCUCAGCUCCAAGUAGGCAGGGUGAAGGAGAGAUGGGAAACCAGCUGCCCUUCAAAUGAAAGUGGUACUUCCUGUAAGGAAAGGAAGUUGCCUUUCAGAUCAUAUAAAGUUGGAAAGGAUCAAUAAGGCUGUCUAGUCAAACUUCCGCUAUGAGAUGAGUCCAUCUCCCAAGUUCAACCCGUGAAAUCCUAUUAAAUAUGCCAUAAGCAGAGGUCACACAUAUUACAGAAAGAUACUGUAGGAGACCUACACCCUAAUGAUUAAGGUUAACCCUUUUGGUUAAGGUCAAUUUGUUUAUAAGGAGCUAACUAGAAAAAUAUGCAGAGAGUGGUAAAAUUGGGAAAUCCUGCACAUUUAACAGGAGGAUGCAUUGUUUGAUAUUUUUUAAAACAACAUGAGGAUUUUCCAGCUGCUCCUUUGAGUUCUUGUCAAACACAUCUUCUUACCUGGAAUGUUCAAAGUUGUACCAGUUUUAAUCUAUUAGGUUGUUACCAUAUAAUGUAUAGGUUAAGAAAUAUAGACUUCAAAGGGGUUGAUAGAGUUUUGACUGUUGAACAUGUUGUCGGAAUUCCAAUUGCAAAAAUACAUACACUAUUAUGACUGGAUACUAGAUUGUGCCAAGAGAAAUGUUCAGAUGAAUGCUUGGAUAAUUACUUGAACAUGCAUUGAUUGUAUGACUGGCCAGUCAGUGUUAUCUACUAAAAUAUAUUGGAUUUUAACAGAAGCAUUAAUGGAUACUUUGAAUCUGGAUACUUCCCAUAUAUUUUCCUUUGUAGGAUGGCCAUUGAACUCCUUCUGUGUAAUAAAUUGGUUGAACUUUG